AUUUAAACUUAUAAAUACAACAGUCUAUACUUGAAAUCAAUCACUCACUUGUACUCCCUUUUCCCCUUGGAUAAAACACGUGAACUUUCUUUUAGAUACCCUGUCAACAUCAAGAGAUCUUCGAACAACAUGGACAUCAAGUACGGCACUCAGGACGAGAGCAUCAUCGACUUUAUCAAACAGGCGAUAGAAGAGAGAAACGCGAUUCUCCAUGAGAUAAAUCGCAAGAUCCACGAAAAUCCAGAACUAGGAUAUGAAGAGUUCAAAGCCCAUGACAACGUGGCCUCUCUACUAGAGAAUCUCGACUACAAAGUUACUAGGCAUGCAUACGGCAUCCAGACCGCCUUGAUGGCUGAAUUUGGCUUCGGCGGUCGAGUUAUCGCUUUCAACGCGGAAUAUGACGCUCUACCGGAUAUAGGCCAUGCAUGCGGGCAUAAUCUCAUAGCAACAAUGUCCAUCGGCGCCUUCAUAGCACUUGCAGAGACAUUGAAAAAGUAUAAGAUCCAAGGUCGGGUCCGGCUUCUUGGAACGCCUGCAGAAGAAGGUGGCGGUGGGAAAUUGAAAUUGAUCGAAGCGGGGGCAUACAGCGACGUUGAUGCGUGUAUGAUGAUCCAUCCAGGCCCAGAGGAUGGGUGUGCUGGAUACACUGGAGACGCUUAUAUGCCGACUCUGGCAAAUAAGAAAUUUACCGUCAGAUUUACUGGAAAGGCAGCACAUGCAUCCAUGUCGCCUUGGCAAGGUGUCAACGCCCUUGAUGCCGUCGUUCUUGGGUAUAAUGGUGUUAGUGCACUGCGUCAGCAAAUCCUGCCCGCACAAAGAAUACAUGGCGUUAUCUCUGAAGGAGGUAAACGACCAAAUAUCAUCACAGCACACACCUCCUUGGACUACUAUGUCCGUAGCACCUCACUGAAAUCGGCAGAUGCCUUGAUGGAGCGAGUAGUCGCAUGCUUUGAAGGUGCUGCUAUUCAAACUGGCUGCAAAGUCGAGACAGAACUCAUUAAUACCUAUGCCGACGUUCGUCCGAACAAGCCCAUCUCGACCCUUUAUGCUGAUGCUAUGAAUAAGAUUGGCUCCCCGGUGAGAUGCGAUGUCAAUUCACCACCGGUGCCUGGAUCUACUGACCAAGGGAAUGUAUCCUAUGAGUGUCCUGCCUUCCAAGGAUACGUCGGUAUCCCCGCAGACCCGGGCUCAUAUAACCAUACAGCGGGUUUUACUGCUGCUGCUGGAGCUGAAAUCGCUCAUAAGUUAUGUCUAGAGCCUGCCAAGGGCAUGGCAGUUGCGGGCUGGCAGAUUCUCUCUGAUGAGUCUGUGGCUACUCAGGUGUGGAAGGACUUUGAGGAGGAUAGCAAGGUUCGUGAUCUAGAUGAGGACAUAAGGGUCUCAGUGAAGGGAGGGGGCUGCUGUUAACUAAGCAUGUUCUGUUGGAGAGGGUAUAUAUUAUUUCAACUGGGGUCCAUAUGCCACAU